AUGGAAAGCUCAGAUUCUAGUGAUAAAGGAAAUAUUGAUCAAUCAGAAGCACAACGUCAGAGUCAGCUAGAUCGGUUAGAUCGAGAAGAAGCUUUCUAUCAGUUUGUAAACAACCUGAGUGAAGAGGACUACAGGCUUAUGAGAGAUAACAAUUUGCUAGGAACACCAGGUGAAAUUACUGAAGAAGAGUUGCUGAGAAGGCUACACCAAGUUAAAGAAGGUCCACCACAGCAAAACAGUGAUGAGAAUAGAGGUGCAGAGUCCGCAGAAGAUGUUUCAAAUGGAGAUUCUAUAAUAGACUGGCUUAAUUCAGUCCGACAGACUGGAAAUACAACACGAAGUGGGCAACGAGGAAACCAGUCUUGGAGAGCAGUGAGCCGGACUAACCCAAAUAGUGGUGACUUCAGAUUCAGUUUGGAAAUAAAUGUCAACCGUAAUAAUGGGAACACAAAUCCAGAAACUGAGAAUGAGCCAUCUGUAGAGCCUUCCAGUGGGGAGGAUUUGGAAAACAGCCAAAGUGACUCUGAAAUUCCAAGGUCUGAAUCACCAUCUGUAAGGCCUGCGGAAGAGCUGACAACUGAGGAAGCUUCCCCUCCUAGGGGGCAGAGGAGAGCGAGAAGUAGGAGUCCAGAACAGCGGAGAACGCGGGCUAGGACUGAUAGAAGUAGGUCACCUAUUAAUCCAGUGAGUGAGACUCCUCGCAGGUCUCAUCACAAUACAUCAUCUCAAACGCUUGACCACUCCUCAGUGAAUGAAGCCGAGGGAAGCUCUAGAACUAGGCAGCAUGUGACAUUAAGGCAGCAUACAGUGGGGACUGAGAUGCCAAGUGAAAAUGCAGUUCUGUUUUCAACCCCUGAAACAAGACCUGUUCCUCAAGCAGCAGGUUCUUCAGAAACUAACGGCACCAGUGAGUCUGCAACCCCUGGGCAGAGGCCUCCUACCAUAGUACUUGAUCUUCAGGUGAGAAGAGUUCGUCCGGGAGAGUAUCGGCAAAGAGACAGCAUAGCCAACAGAACUCGGUCCAGGUCCCAGACACCUAACAACACAGUCACUUAUGAAAGUGAACGGGGAGGGUUUAGGCGCACAUUUUCACGUUCAGAACGGGCUGGAGUGAGAACUUACGUCAGUACCAUUAGGAUUCCUAUCCGUAGGAUCUUAAACACAGGCUUGAGUGAGACGACAUCAGUUGCUAUUCAGACUAUGCUAAGGCAGAUAAUGACAGGCUUUGGAGAGCUGAGUUACUUCAUGUAUAGUGAUAGUGAUGCAGAUCCUAGUGGCCCAACCCCAAAUCAGAAUGUGGACGCUUCUGAGCCACAGAACGGAGGUGGUGGUACUUCAAGCAACGAAAGUACAGAUGUUAGCUCAGGGGAGGUGUAUGAAGGUGGCAACGAAGGUGGUUCAACAUCUGGUGCCAGACGGGAAGGUCGGAACACGAGGGGAUCGGUCACAUUUGAAGAAAGUGGUUCUCUACCAUUCCUUAGCCUAGCACAAUUUUUCCUACUAAAUGAAGAUGACGAUGACCAACCAAGAGGACUCACCAAAGAACAAAUUGACAACCUAGCAAUGAGGAAUUUUGGUGAGAGCGAUGCUCUGAAAACCUGUAGUGUGUGUAUUACAGAGUACACGGAAGGCAACAAGCUCCGUAAAUUGCCUUGUUCGCACGAGUAUCAUGUCCACUGCAUUGAUCGCUGGUUAUCAGAAAAUUCCACUUGUCCCAUUUGUCGCAGAGCAGUCUUAGCUUCUGGUAACAGAGAGAGUGUUGUCUAAAUGAGAUCUGAAUUUAUGGCCAAGCAGCUAGUGUGAUAGUGAUGGGCAAAGAAGUCACUUCCUUUAUGGCCACUUUUUGAGUGGUACCUCAGUGUAUAGUAAUGACUUGGAGUGAAUCUUCCCUCAUGAAAGCAUUUUCUCUGCAUUCAAGCUUUUAAAAUUGGAAUAUUUCUUUAAUUAGGGUUUUCAAGAUCUAGUUGGUUUGGGUGUUAAAUUUCACUUGUCCAAAGACAUCUAUCCACUUUAAAAAUAUUUUUUUCUUUGUGAGGAGUAUUAAGUUCUUUCCCCCACCCAGCCCUUGCCACCCUAGUCCAAUAAACAUUUUGUCCUCAA